UAUUUUUGGCAGAUAAAAAAAAAAGGAAAAAAUAAAUAAGUAUGCAGAAGUCCAAGGAAUAUGGAAGUAAACUAAGCUGGGCAGCCGGAAAGAAGCCAGUUCUGUGCGUCGGAGCCACCUCUAUGGACCACAUUACCUUCGUCGACUCCUUUCCCAACAAGAGCGACAUAAUAAAGGCCAGAAGAGGCUAUUGGCAACGAGGUGGUUCGGCCUCAAACAAUUGCACCGUUCUGCGGGUACUCGGCGUCAAGUGCGAGUUCUUCGGAAUGCUAAGCAACUUGGAUCUGUACCAGGUCCUGGUGGACGAUAUGGAGUCCCGCGGCAUUGUCAUCAAAAAUUGUCCCUACUGCAAUAUGAGUCCGAACUUCUCGUCAGUAUUUUUCACCAAAGCACUGAACACCCGGAACAUCAUCGCUUACAACAACACGGCCUUUCCCAAUGUCACCAUCGAGGACUUCCGGAAACUGGACUUGACCAAAUACGGCUGGAUACACCUGCAUUGCCUUCACUUCGAAAGCACCAUGGCCAUGAUCAAGGACGUGGUGGCCCACAACCAGGCCAACCCGACCGAGAAGAUCACAAUCUCUCUGACCAUGGACGAGCCCCUAAGCGAGAUGUGGCCUUUGCUGGACUAUUGUGACUACGCCUUCUUUUCCAAGCGACUGUCCCCGUGCAGCGGCUGGAAGAACCCCAAGGAGGCCUGUGUCCACAUCGACGAAACGCUGCGCAUGCGCUGGGGGCUGAACCUCGUUCGUCCCUACGUGAUUGUCCUCUGGGGCUCCCUGGGCGGGGCGUACAUGGACAAGGCCGGCAACUAUACCGCCUUUCCGGCCUACAAGCCAAAGAACGUGGUGGACGUCCUGGGCGCCGGGGACUGCUUCGUGUCGAGCUUUAUCUAUGCCAUGUACAUCCGGGACCGGCCGCUGAAGGUUUCCAUGGACUUUGCCACUCGGAUGGCUGGCUACAAGUGCACCCACACAGGCUACGAUCACAUAGCCAAGAUUCUGCUUCCACCGGUUUUGUGAUGUUUUUCAUUUCGGUUAAUAAAAAGUACAUUUUUCUCCAGGGGA